CACAAAACCUCCAAAAUGUCGCCGGCAGUAAAAGAGUGCAUCCACCACCACAAACCAAGGUGGCAUAAGCUACUACGGCGAUGGUCCUCCGGCCUCCUCAUAUUCGGUUUCAUCGUCCUCGUCGUCGUCCUCCUCAUAUGGGCAAUCCUUCAUCCUCAAAAGCCACGAUUCAUCCUCCAAGAUGCAACCAUCUUCAACUUCAACAUCUCCGCUCCAAAUCUCAUCUCCUCCAAUCUUCAAAUAACCGUGGCCUCACAAAAUCCUAACGAUCAAAUCGGUGUUUUCUACGACAAACUCAGCGCCUACGCCGUCUACCAAAACCAACAAAUAACAUAUUACUCCGCCAUCCCUCCCGUAUAUCAAGGCCAUAAAGACAAUAACGUUUGGUCCCCGUUUCUAUACGGAGUUAAUGUUCCUAUUGCUCCUUAUAACGGUGAAGCCCUAACACAAGACCAGUCGGAUGGAUCGGUAAACCUUAUGAUCAAACUCGAUGGCCACGUUCGAUGGAAAGUUGGAACGUUUACAAGUCGUCGGUACCAUAUCCAUGUUCGAUGCCCUGCCACGAUAAAUUUCGGAAGUGGUGCUAGUAAUGGUGUCUUUGUCGUGACCGUGGUGAAGUACCAGCUCGAUAGGAGCUGCAGCGUCGCGGUUUAAUCGGAAAUUGGGUUG